CGUCGUUUGAAUGGUUCGUUCUUCGUUCGAUCGUUCGACCAUUCUAACUUGGCGGGAACGCGCGGGAAUCGUAAUAAACGAAAAUUAAAAAUUAAAACAAAGAGCUGCCGUAUUAUGAAACGAAAGUUGAAAGCUGUAAAAUGUCUUAAAGGAACACCUCCAAUUACGAAGUUCUUUAAGCAAACUUCUGAUAUUAAAGCAAAGCCAUUAGCCGCUGUCGUCGCCAUUGAAAAUAUAUCACCCACAAAGCUUCCGAUCACAGUUCAACAACUGGAAAACAACAAUAUCACGCGUAUCACCACCAACAAGGAUCUUAGGGGACCGAAAGUUGUAAACGGUUUCAAGCAGAAGUUUGAAGUAAGAGGAUUAAUAAAUUCCUCGGAUAUAAGGACCCCAGGCCUAGAGAAAAGGGCAAAGAAAUGUUUAAUUGAGCAACCUGAAUUUAAAAAUCACACGAAAGGAAAAACCGAUUGCAAAUCUAGUGAAAAGAAUUGUACCUCUUUUAGCUCUGGUGUUUCAACUAGACGUGAAAACGAAGCUGGAGUAAAUAUUCAAAAUGAUUGUUUAAACAAUUUUAGCAGUGGUGCAAAGGUUUCAAAGACACUGAAACCUGAAAAUGAGUCACGACUAGCCGCAGAAAAGGAGGUAGAUUUUUUGAGGGGUAAAGAGACAAAUUUACCUCUACACACUUCCACUGAAAGUUCUCAUUUACGUUCUAUGAAAAUACCUGAUCACAAGUGCCCAAGUGCAGUGAAACUGAUUUCACCUCAAACAGAUGACAAAGACAUCAGUGAUGUUUGCGAUGUUGAAAUAAAGUUACCUGUUAAAGAGAACUUUGCUGUAGAAAAUUGCUCUUUUCCAUCUGAAAACGGCAGUACCGGUACUGUGUGUAGUGAAACAGAAAAUUUGUUUUCUGAUAGCAAACACUGUUCAAUUGAUGCGCAUGAAGAAAAAGAGCCAUCAGAAAUGGAAGUAGAAUAUGGAACAAAUCAUGGCGAAGUUAUCAAAACAAGCGAUAGUUUAGAAGAUAAAGAGGAUGAUCUUGUUUCUAAAGACCUAAAAACGGAACUUAAAAAAACGUUAGAUAAUUCCGAAAAGAAAAAUACCUGUGAAGAAAAGUCGGCCGACGUGACAGCUCGUAUUGGUCAGGGGCGUCCAGCCAUCAGCAGUGCUAACAACAUUAAGAACGAGGACGAAACAGCUAAAUGUGAAUGUGUUACCGAUCAGUCAGAGUCUUCUGAUGAUGAACUAUUCAAUCCAGUUGGCUUCCUGUCUGACAACCGCGUUAUCCCUGAUGUAAGAACACCAGAGAAAUCUGUGACUCCCAUAGCAGGUAGUCCUCUAACUCCAAUCAGUCCUUUCGUUGCCCGAGCGAAGGAAACUGGUCCGGUGAAAUAUUCCCUUGAAAGAUUGUUAUCGGAAAAACCAAAGGAUAUUAAGAAGGACAAAGAACUGCAACGAUUGCAACUGGCCAUCCAACAGGCCAUAAAAAUUGGUAGAAACGUGGGCGAAGCUGAUGAAGAUGAAGAUGAGCAUGGAGAUGACGAGGAAACACUGUUGCCAAUCCAUAAGAAAGAACUUGAGAAAUACAAAUGUACCGAUAAAGGAUUUGCAGAGGAGAUGCAUGGAGUGAAUAUCUUUCCUGGGUUAAAACAACCAACAAAGCAUGUGAAUGGAUGUAGUGAACCACUUUCAUUGAAAGAGACCGUUGAUACCGACGAUUUCACCAGGUUCUUGUAUCAAAGAUCUGAUGAAGAGAUACGCGAACUGUUAUGUUCUGAUUGGAUCACUCACAGGUACCUGGUUCGUCCUUGCCCGUCGGCUGUCGUCCAGUGGCUGUUCCACAUAAUAUGCUAUCAUCUGCAUAAACACACGGUCAAAGCUGGUUACAAUGCAUUAUGGUCAAUGGUAAACGCUGAAGAUAGCAAGGAAAAGCCAAGACGUCUCUCGUGGAUACCCGAUAUUCAGGAUGCACUUAACGUGUUCAGCAAUUUUGGAACGAACAUCACCUUACUCUUGCCUACAGUUUGUAAAAGUAUAGAUAUUGGCGAAAAUCUCCUCAAACUGACCUGUGAAAACGACGCGUCUGCUGACAAAAGUGAUGAACAAGACAGCGCCUUUUUUCCACUUGCCAACUUUACUCGUUUAAUUCAGUUCAUGACAUUGUGUUUGGAUCGCUACCCGGAAAGAUACAACACCAAAGAUAUUGAAGAUUUUGUGCUGUUGUUGUAUUUUAUAUCGCUUGAUACACGCCUGACGAUUAUUGAUCAUGACAUUAAAACGUGUCUUAAAGCCUUGUAUAGUGCAGUAGACCAAAGACAUUGGAUUGACCAGGCAACCAGGUUAUCAUCUAUUCUCUGUCGUAUCGAGACUCAUCAUCGCAACAAACUACGUAUUGUCCAACUUCAGCCUUACUCAAAUAGAGGACAUGAUGUGAAAAGAUUGGCCGCACUUCAGAUCUUGGCUUCGCUUUCACACAACACUAUGACUGAUAUCAAUCCGUUCAUAAUAUCGGAUGACGAUUUGAAAAAUGAUCAGCAAAUAACCAAUACACAUCAGAUGUUUACAAAAGUUAAUGUAUUACUCCAAAAAGUAGAUGUGAAUGACGACACUGAUUAUUAUGAGCUUUACACAAUGAUCGAACUGCUCGAUGCUGUCGUUGGAGCAGAAAGCCUUGUACCCCAGGAAAAGGUUAUCGUUGAGAAGAUUAAAAUGAUGCUCACCUCACUUCACAGCCAUAUCAAAGAUCCAAGAGCGAUGUUCAUGAGUCGUUCUAAGGUCAAGGAUCUUAUACUACGAACCGUCACAAAAUUCGCGUAUAUGGUUCAAGGAAAGAAAGGAAUCCAAAAUCAGAAAACUAUUAUGAAAUUCUUCGUGGAAGGUAAAUCUGAACUUCGUAUUGAAACACUCGAAGAUUCCGAAGUCAUCGAAGAAGACGAUGAAGAACUUCAAUCUCAAGAGUCUCAGACAUCGUCAUUAAUUCUUGAUGCUCUGACGCAGACAAGUGAACAUUCACAUCAUGAAAGUCAAGAAUUUCCUCGAUAGUUUUCGUUCUGGCUAUGCAGUUCCUGCCUGAUUAUGAAGGCUUUUUCCAUGAGAAACAACAGCCUCGAGGAGCAUAAACGAUGCAAUAGUUAUCCGGGACCGCGCCAAAACGUUGGUGUGCUGAGAUGGCGACUCUUUAUUUUACGAAGUGUACUGAGAUGGCGACUCUUUAUUUUACA